CCCCCGCGGGCGGCUCCCGCGGGCGCCGGCUCCCGGCUGCGGAGCAAGGAGCGAGCGGGCGGCGGGCACGAGGCAGCUCCGGACGGAUCAAUGCAAGCCAAACGAUGACCAGUUGUGGCCAGCAGUCCUUGAACGUGCUCACUGUCCUCUUCUCGUUGCUGUUUUCUGCAGUCUUGUCCGCACAUUUCCGGGUCUGUGAGCCGUACACGGACCACAAAGGCCGCUAUCACUUUGGCUUCCACUGCCCCCGGCUCUCGGACAACAAAACCUUCAUCCUCUGUUGUCACCAUAACAACACCGUCUUCAAAUACUGCUGCAACGAGACCGAGUUCCAGGCGGUGAUGCAGGCAAACCUCACGGCCGGCUCGGAGGGCUACAUGCACAACAACUACACCGCCUUGCUGGGUGUGUGGAUCUACGGCUUCUUCGUGCUGAUGCUGCUGUUUCUGGAUCUUCUGUACUACUCGGCCAUGAACUACGACGUUUGCAAGGUUUACCUGGCACGGUGGGGCAUCCACGGACGGUGGAUGAAACAGGACCCCCGGCGGUGGGGGAACCCUGCUCGGGCCCCUCGACCGGGGCAGCUGGCCCCGCAGCCCCAGCCUCCCCCAGGCCCCCUGCCGCCAGCCCCCCAGGCUGUGCACACGCUGCAGGGAGACACGCACAGCCCACCACUGAUGACCUUCCAGAGUUCGUCUGCCUGAAAACCCUUUUGCCGUGCCUCAGGAUGGGGGAGGUAAGAUCCAAAGCACCCGGCG